CCUUCAUCCACCGGUUCGGUCAUAAUCGUGACAGGAUGGUCACAGCACCCCCCAUCAUCGACUUUGAGCCCUUCUACUCCACCGAUCCCAACAACAAGGACCUGUUAAUCCAGCAGAUCCGCCACGCCUGCGAGAGACAUGGCUUCUUCCAGCUCAUCAACCACCAGAUACCAUCCGAUCUCCUCCAAGCCAUUCUUCACCAAUCUCGCGAAGUGUUCGGCUUACCCCUAGAGGCCAAGGAGAAGUACAGCAUAGAUAUCGAACCACGUAAACUCGGCUACGAGCGUCUCCGCGCCCAAAACUUCGAGAAGCGCGGCCUCGGCGACCUCAAAGAAGGAUUCUACUUCUGUCGGGACCUACCUCCCGACCACCCCUCCAUCGGGAGGUUCUUGCACGGCGUGAACAAAUAUCCCACGGAGCUUCACGAUCUUGCAGCUUUCAGAAGGGUGGUGGGUGAGUAUCAGGCCGCGAUGGGAGAACUAGCCCGGAAUAUCAUGCGAGUCAUAGCGCAGAGCUUGGAUUUGGAGGAGCAUUGGUUCGACGACUUCUGUGCCGACUCGGCGAAUAUUCUGCGUCUGUUGCGGUAUCCGCCCCAGGAAGUGGAUGAGACGGGGGUUGAGCGAGGCAUCGGCGCCCACACCGACUUCGGCGGCAUCACCAUUCUCCUACAAGACGACACAGGCGGGCUGCAGGUCUGGGACCGCGAGUCUUCGCAGUGGGCGUCUGUCGUGCCCUUCCCGGGCGCGUUGGUCGUGAAUCUCGGGAAUCUGUUGAUGCGGUGGACUAAUGAUCGAUAUCUGUCGAAUUUGCAUCGGGUGAUCAAUACUAGUGGGCGGGAACGAUAUAGUGUGCCGUUCUUUUGUACGGGGAAUCUGGAUUAUACCGUGGAGUGUAUCCCGGGGUGCAGGGCUGAGACGGAGGAGGCGAAAUAUCCGCCCAUUACGGUGCAGGAGUGGAUGGAGAAGCGGUAUGCGGAUACGUAUGGGCAGGAGGGCGAGGGGGAGUUGUCGAGGGAUGUGGGUCGUGCGGUGGAUGGGUGAGGAUUCGUGUAGUUGGGAGUGGGGGUUUCAGGUGAUCGGACCCAGAAGCUGGUGGUUCAUGCGAAGGAUCAAGUGAAGAAAUCUAUAAGGAACUUGUGGCGGUACUAUAAAACGAGAGCGGCCAUUGUGACAGGACGAAGACAACAUGAGAUCACUGCGACUGAUAGCCAGAAAGCCUCGAUGAAUACAACCUUCACAUCAAAACAAACCCAGCCACAGUCCCAACUCCUCCACGCGCCUAUCCAGCUAUAUACCUCUCCCUUCACCAAAAAGCGCAAGUUGAUCCUGAAGAAAUAUCCGCGUAUCCAAAGUCUCAC